AUGCUAUUUAAUCAAUACUUACAUUAUCAUCAAUAUUUCAACAUUCAAAAAUUAGCUCAUUUAAUGUUAUAUUUAAAAUGGAUAGCUAUAUAUGCUUAACUAUCUCAAAGUUGUACAUAAUAGUAAAUAUGUGCUUAACUUAUUUUACUCACUGAACUUGACAUGUUUAUUAAAGUAAUAAUUGGGUUUGGAUCUUCAAUUAAUUCUAUUUUACAACCAAAUAUUUAUGGAUUUUACAUAACAAUUCCUUAUAUGAUAGUGAUUUUAGGUGUAGUUUUAUAUGAUAAUUGGAAACACUAUUAAGAAAAAGAAAAUAGUAGCACUCAACUGCAAUAAUCUAAGUUUGUUAAUUGUAAAUAAAAGUCAAAUUAGUAUGAUUAAUAAUCUUCUAAAUUAUAAAUCUAAGAUAAUUGUCUAAAAUCUCCUGGUUUAGAAUGUCCUGAUUAAUAAAAUAGUCCAAUGAUUCUAGAUAUGUAAUGUAAUGAAGAAGAAGAUGUUCUUGCUCAAAUGUAUAAAUUUUAUAUUUAUCUUUUUUAGGGCAUGGAUUCAUAAUUAAUCUAUAUUAGUUUAUAAUUAAAAUUUUGAAAUUACAUACUAAAACUUUUAUUUAGGGAAACUUACAAAUCGUCAAUGUACAGGUGUUGAUUAAGAUUAGGAUUAUGAGUAAAUCUUUUUAGAAUCUAUAAUAGAAAUAGGAAGUAGAGAAGUUAAUGAUUUAUUUGGCAAUUCAGAAUUAGAUAUAGAUUAAGAAGAGUAUUAUAAAUAUAUUAUUAUUUAAUAUUAGUUCCUUAAUAUUAGAUAGUACUGUACACAGUAGAUAUAAAAUUAAAGGUGGAUUAUAAAAAAUAAGAUAAAUGGUAGCUGCUUUAUUUAAUAAUUAUUAAAAGUAUGUAUCUAAAUAUAUUUAUUUAGAUGGAAAUUCUUUACUUUUACACUUUUCAAAAUAAAAAGCAAUGAACUUGAUUUUAAGAAUAUUAGUAUUAAAGUAUUAAUAACUGAAGUGAAAUCAAAACUUUAUACAUUAUUUAUGUUUGAAGCAAUAUAAAAAGUGUCUUCAAAAAGAGUAUUAGAUGAACCGCUUUAAUUUUAAAACGUUUUCUAAACUUUUCUUUCUGAAUCCAACAAUUAUAUUAAUGCUAUUCAUUUAUUACUUCUUCUAUGUUCUCAUGAUCAUGAAAAAAACUCAGGUAAAAUAUAAAAAGAAUAUUUAAAACAAAUGAAAAUGAGCACAUAAAAGUUUAUGAUAUUUUUGGGAACUAUGAAAGACUUAUCUCUAUAACUAACAAAUCAAUUAACUUUUAGAAACUCAACCUUCAAACUUUCUGAUAUAUUAGAUGAACUAUAACUCAUUUAUGAAGAUUGUUUAAAAAUUAAGGAAAUCUCAAUAGUUUAAAUAAUAGAUAAUGAUAUGAUUGUUUAUAAUGAUUCAGAUCGAGUACAUUUAUAUAUUUAUUAUUUAGACUAAACAAGUUUUAAAAUGUCUAUUUGAAAUAGCUAUUAAAUUUACUGUAACUUCUAAAAUUAGAAUUGAUAUUCAUUAGGUAUCACCAAAUAAUUAUCAAUUUUAAAUCAAAGAUAUACCUUUUAGAGAAGAAAACUAAAAGAUUUAAUAUCAAACUAUACUUAAAAAUAUAACAUAAUUAAUGAAAACUAAUUGUAAAGAUUUUGAUAUGAGUAAUUUAUUGGAAUUGUAAAUAUCUGCAAUUCUAGCAUUCUAACUUUCUGGUUCUCUACGAAAACCUUUAGAAUUAAGUUUUGAUAAUCAUUUUUAAGGCACUUUCACUUUUACUGUAGAAUCACUUCAAAUCAAUGGUAAACAUGGUAAUCAUAAUUAAUAAAUCAAACCUAAACGUGCAUUUGAAACAUCAUUAUCUAUGUUAUUAGCAUAAGCAUAAGAUAGUUCUCAUUAUAAAUAUGAAGAAUCAAAAUAUAUGUCCUUUACAUAGAUUUCAAAAUAGUACUCACUAAAACCAGAUAUUCCAUUUGAUUUAUAGAGUGCUCAUUUUUCAUAAAUAUCAAAAAUCAAAUAAGAAUCUCCAAAAAUUAAACCUAUAGGUUCAUAAGCUCAAAUUAAUUCAGGUGGAACUAAUAAAAUAUAAGAAUCUAUAUUUCCUAAAAGUUUAAAUAAUAAUAAUCCUUCAAAAGCGAUAAAAAGUGACUCAGCUAUUAAUGAAUCUUCUAAACCUAUGACUAGUGCUUUAGAUUUUGGAGAAAGUACUAAUCCCAAUAUUGAUUUCCAGGAAUUAAGUCCAAAACUUUUACAUUCUGUUAUUAAGUUCAAAUUAACUAAUUAAUGUUGUUCUAAAGUGAUUAUUGCAGAUAAUGAUUAUUUGAAUGUUUCAGUUCUUUAAAUUCUACUCAAUAAAUAUGAAGUUAAAGCUGAUAAAGCAUUUACAUAGUAAUAAACUCUUUAGUUGAUUAGAAAUAAGUCUCUAAAUCCUUGUAGAUGCAAAAAUGGAGCUUAUUUACUAUACUUCAUUGAUGCCUCCUUACCUGUAUACAUUUAUAUAUAUAUAGUAAUCAGCAGUAGAUUUGAUCAAAGAAAUCAAACAACUAUUUAAAUCUUUGUAAGUAGAUAAAGGCUUCAUUAUUGCCAUGGCUAGUUAUUGUGAUAUGGAUUUGAAGUUGAUUUGCUUUAAUUCUGGAAUCGAUUAUUUCAUUACAAAACCAUUUGAUUUGUUUGAAUUAACUGCUAUUCUUUAAUAUAUAUAGUUUUGA